AUGACGAUCCAGCCUUCUCCCGUGCCUUGGAACUUUACAGGAACUAAAAAUUUGGCGUGUAUAUCUGUUUACGAGAAACCUAAAGCAGUUCUGGACUAUCCCCUCCCCAUUUUUCCUUUUCAACACCCUCCCUUACAUGAUAAUCUUGUUCCUCUUCCCAGUGGUCUCCUGAUCCCGUUUACUUUGCCUUCACAAUCAAACGAAGACAAGUAUCACUGUGUCAAUGACAUUCAGAAUCGUCGCCGUAAAAUGAAGAAACACAAACGUCGGAAAUGGAGAAAAAAAUAUGCAUCGCUUGUAAGUAAGUUCAAGAUGCAACGCCAGAAGAAAGAAGAACGGAAAUUACAAGAGUUACUGGAGCUUUGGCGGAGCCGCACGGAAGCCUGGGAUCCUGCUGAAAAAGCGCAACCUAAGCGAGAGUCAGAGCCCGAACUCUCGAACCCGAUUUCGGAUACAGAGGAGGGUCAAAAAGCUCUUUUAGAAGCUACAAGCAUAAUUCGAGAUUUAACUCUGGCUCUGAACAGGGUGUAUGAGAAUAUACGCGAUGUUCAAGGCACCCAGCGGUUGAACGCCGACCUGUCUAAGAAUUUCAAAGAACACGUCGAACACUUCCAGCAUUGCCGAAGCACGAUCAAAAAGGCAUUUACCUCGGUUGCGGAAGCUUGCUCUCGCUACAACAUUAAAGAUUCGGAGGACAUCAUACCCUAUGUUGACGCUGUGGGUGACACCGAACAUCAGAAUUUGAUGGAUGGUGAUAAAUUCGUUGAGCUAAGGAAACAACGGGAUGUCCUCCAAGAGCAAAUCGCUGAAGCGGAUGAUGAACUCGACCGAUGCAAAGAAGCUCUAGUCUCGGCAUUGUGGGAACUAAAUGACUUAACUUACCCAGUCGGCAAAUGA